AUGACUUACCGGCUGGCUCAGUGGGAUUUCCCAUAUAAAGGUGACCACUAUAAGAAGAAAGUUCGGGAACUAUUAGAUGCUUGGAAGCAAACUCGCUGGAUGAAGAGGUUGGUUGUUGGUUCCAUGGUGACUCCUGAAUAUAAUGGAUGGUUUAGGAAGAAGGUCAAUGAUAAUCUUCCUAGGCCAAAUUUGGAAGAUACUCGACCUAUGGUGGAACAAUUACAAAUCGCCCUGUCAGAGUUGGAAAUUAUAAAGCAAGACUUCGAGAAGAAGAGUUCUGAGCUUGGGAAAAAGAUCGAACAAUUGGAGGAAGAAAAGAUGCAUCUGAGAUUAGACAUAGACGUUCAGAGAUCAGAGGCUAAGAAGUGGAGAAAAGGGAAAAGUAAGGCCGAAGAAGAUCUAGACAGCUUGAAGACAGAUAAUAAGAAGUUACGCCUGUCUAUGAGGACUGCGGGGUUAGGUAAAACUUUCGAACAAUGGCGCCAUAAAAUUCGAGAUGAAAAGACCAAAGCCGACCGAUGGGAAAGGAAAUUCCGAGAGGCUCAGGUACGAAAUGAGGAUUUAGAGAAGAGUCUAUUAGAAAGCAAAAGUGAACGAGGUGAAUUGAGGGCUAGAGUGGUAGAACUCGAGAAGUCUCUUCAUCAAUACCGAAGCCGUAAUACCGUAAUGGAGUUGAGGGCAAGCUUGAGUAAGUUUUUCGAGGCAAGUGAGGAGCGUUGGAAGGAGCAGCUUCACCAUGCGCAAGACCAAGUUAGAAACAGGGAUUACAUUAUGGGGGAAGCCAUAACCCAGAUUCGGGAGGUAGCCGAUUACUUGCAAGCUUUAGCAGUACAGGCAGACAUACUGAGGGUGAAGUACGAGUUGGAGUCAGAUCGGGGGCAGGAGCUAGCCUCUAAUCUAGAAACCAACAAAAACCAACCAACUACGUACCCCUACGGUACAAGGAAAAUGACCAAGUCAAUGGAUAAAAGACUUGAGAAAUUGGAGCAAAUGCAAAAGGACAUGCAGGAACAAAUGUAG